AUGGCGAUUCGCUUACGACUUCUGCCUCCUCAACCACCUCGAGUCAACGACAUCGCAAGCACGCCGACGACCUUGAAAGCGAAAGGAAAGGAGCCUUGCAAGGUUUGCUUAGACGAGAAUAGAAUUUGCAGCGCGGUUGAGCAGGGCGAAUAUCCAUGCGAGGCGUGCGUCGACGAUGCCCACCGUGCAGCAGCUUGUUAUCCAAGCAGCGAAGGCCAAGAUCCCACCACAGAACAGCCGACGAGCUUCAAGGAGACUUUCAAGGCGAAGAUACCCGCGACCAAGCCGUCUCAAGCUGCAUCGGCCGCCGACUACGAGCCUCGACAGGCAGCCGGCCAGGUCCAGGCCAUUGAGAAUGGUGCACAAGAUAUAAAGGCCACUCGAGGCUCUCCAGACUACGGUGCCAUUGCUGCGGCAGCGACUAAGGCUCAUGCUGAUGCAACCACCAACAUCAUGCUCCCUGGCAGCCACUCUUUGCGCAAUCGUGGCUUUCACAUUCCUGUCAAGAAGCAGCGCGCAGAUCAGCAGGACUACUAG